AUGUCCUUCACCUUCCCUUCCUCGACAGGGAUAGCCAUCCAUCAUACCCCCUACCCCUUCAUCUCCCCAUCAAAAUUCACCAACAAGCUCACCGGAAAAGUAAUCCUCAUCACCGGUGCCUCCCGCGGCAUCGGUCGCGCCACCCUAGCAUUCGCCUCCACCGGCGCCUCCCUCGCCCUCCUCUCCCGCACCGCCUCCACCCUCUCUUCCCUCGUCCAAGAAAUCACCUCGCUGUACCCGCAAACACCAACCCUCUCAAUAACAGCCGAUGUGCUGUCAUCCUCACCCUUUACCAUCAUCGCCGAAAUCGAGGCAAAGCUGGGCAAAGUAGAUAUCCUGAUCAACAACGCAGGAACAUACCGCAUGCGACCAUUCCUCGAAGAACAGACAGCUUCCGACAUCGAUCAAUGGUGGCACAUAUUCGAAGUCAACGUCAAAGCGCCGAUUGCGCUAAUGCACGCCUGUCUGCCCUCUUUUGUCGAGAAGAAGCACGGGAUUGUGAUAAAUGUUGGCAGUUUAGUAGCAGCCGAAACUUCGUUCCCGAAUGUUGCGUCGUAUGCGGCGUCCAAAGCGGCGUUGUUGAGAGUUACGGAACUGUUGGACCUCGAAUUGAGGGAGAAGGGGGUGAAGAGCUUUUAUAUCCAUCCGGGACAGGUGAAGACUGAUAUGUCACUCGGCAGAGGGGCGGGGGAGAAAGGGGUCGUGGGAAGCGAGAUGAGGGAGGUGACGAAAGGAUUUGAGCCACUGUUGAAUGAUGAGCCGGAAUUAGCGGCGUGGAGUAUGGUUGCGUUGGCUGUGUUGGCGGGGAAGGAUGGGGAUGAGAGGGUGGGGGUUUUGAGUGGGAGGUAUUGGAACGUGGAGGAGGAUUUGGGGGAGUUGUUGGAGAGGACAAGGGAGAUUGAGGAGGGGGGAGGUUUGUAUAGGUUGGGGAUCGGGAGGCUGUAA